GUCAAGCUUUCUUGGGUUAUAAGAGCUAUGUAUCUCUGUCGCAAGAUUUGGCAUCAUCAACUACAGUUGCGAAAUUACAAAAUAAUAGAUAACGCGUGCUCUCUACCUACAGCUUAUAUUGAAAAGGAAUAAGAUAUCGGGGAUCAGACGUGGGUCCUCGAAAAUAGACAGUGUUCCCGGGAAUUUUUAUAUUUUUAGAUGAUAAAUCGUUUAUGUGAAAUUCUAAUCAUUCUUCCCUUAUUAUGGGUUUGAGCGUCUUUGCUGAAUAGUUGAAGCGUCAUAUAAUUCGUCGUAGUGUUCGUACUUUGAACCCACGAAACGAGUUGUAAAUGUCUCCAUUGUCAGGGUGAGGAAAAUAUAUGGGAUGUGCGUUGAUAUAAGUAUGUCAAUAUAGCAUUAAAAAUAUGGACAACAUAACGGGAAUAUUGCGUGCUAUGUGCCGUGGAUUUAUGGACAGUCUAAAGGGUGCUGUGGUUCUUUUCUAUAUGGAUAAACAGAUCAACGAGAAAACAUUUCAGAAUUCACCAUCAAGACUGGAUUCUCAUAGACGAGAUGAUGGUGCUCGGUCUUCAGGAAAACGGCCAAAAGAACAACGAGAAUCAAAGGUUCUAAAGAGAACGAUACAAUGUUGCGCAUUAAAUGGUGGCGUAUUUUGGGCUAGCAUCCUCAUCUUUGAAUGUGGACUGCUUCCUUUUCUAAAAUAUUUAUUGAACAUUGUGUUUGGUCACUCGUCAGGUAUGAGUGCGACAGUCUGGGCCUGGACAAAACCAUUUUUAUCUCUUACCUUUGGGACAGUAUGGGUUUUACCCUUGUUUCUACUUAGCAGAAUAGUCAACAGCUUGUGGUUUCAGGACAUAGCAGAUAGUGCAUACAGAUAUAGACAAGGAAGACCUCUUCUCCUUUCGAGUGUGAGUAAACUGGUAGCAGACACACUUUUCAGCGUGCUGGUUCAAGCUUUGUUUCUUGGCCAAGGGAUGCUAGUGUCUAAAGUGCCAUUACCUCCUAUUGGGGACCUUUUGGCUCUUAUCCAUAUGUGCCUUUUGUAUGCCCUCUAUGCCUUUGAAUAUAAAUGGUUCAAUAUGGGCUGGGAGCUUCAUAGACGACUGACUUUUAUUGAAGCCAAUUGGCCAUAUUUUGUUGGAUUCGGGAUGCCGUUAGCAGUGCUCACGCAGUUGCCUAAUUCAUAUGUUAUAAGUGGCUGUGUAUUCUCUAUUCUUUUCCCACUGUUUAUUAUAAGUGGGAAUGAAGCUGAACCUGUGACUGGAGUGUGUGAUUGUCCACUAAAACUGUUUUCUCCAGUUAUCGCUAUUGCGAAUACACUUUUCAACAAAACCAUUGGUCCCGCCAAUAGACGGUGACAGUUGAAAAUACGUGAAUUUCCAAAGUAAACGAGCCAACAUGAAAAAUCUAUUUAUCCGUAAGUUCAUAAAAAAUAUAUAUUUAUAUAUAUAUUCCUCAUGACAGAAAAUGUAUAUCCGAUUUUUUUUAUAUGUAAGAGGUGCUAUGAUCUAUUAAUAGCAUAAUUGAAAAUGAUUACUCUUUAUCGCUCUAAGAUUUUAAGAUUUUAACGUACCGCGUCGAAUUUCCUUUAUUUGCCUUACUGACUUAGUUAUACAUAUACUUCAGUUUUAUAAACGAUCUACUCGUUGCCUGGAACCACGAUUGAAGCUAUGAUGAUUUCCAUCUUUGUAUAAUAUAUUGAAUACAAAAAUUCGUAGCGCUUAUGGUUGAUUUCUCAAAUGUAAGUGAAUGCAGCAAGUAUUGCACAUUGUGCAAAUGCAUAGACAAAAUAUAAUUUGGUUGCUAUAUGACAAACCAUGUCUUCAUUAGUCUUAGGCAUACGAAAAUAUACAAUAGAAAUAAUUAGCGAUAACGUGAUAUAACAUACAGAAGAGAGUGAAAAUAGAAAUGUAUGUUAAGUUUUGUUUUUCUCGGGAAUGGCAGUACAAUAGUGUAGCUAGCAUUUGCACUAUUACAUUUAACUGAUCAUACAUUUAACGCCAAUGUGAUGUGUUAGAAUUACAAAGGCUCCUUAAUUCUUUAUGAGUAUUGGGAAUGUUGCAAUUCUGAGCUCCUUCGUUUCCCAAAAUAACUACUAAAGUACUAGAAACAUGAAAAAUGAUUGAAAUUUGGUACGUGACAAUACACGUACUUCAUAAUGUAUAAUAUACUUGCCUGACAUAAAACAUUAAGGGUACAUAACGUGCGCCCACAAGAAUAUUUUAGAUUAUCAGUUUAUUAAGAUUGUUCGACAUGCAAAGCUUUACUAUAUAUAUAUAUAUAUAUAUAUAUAUAUAUAUAUAUACACGCCUAUAAUUAAUAUAGCAAUCUGUGCUCUGGAAUUGCAGGCAAACCUGUGCGCCUUGUAGUACGCUCAUUUUAAGGAAAAUAGGUAUAGAAAUGUAAAAGACGCAUAGCAAUUUCCUUUGUAUCAAUUUGUGAUAACUAUUAUUUAUAAUAAUAUAAUUGCAGUCAGCCAAUUGUACAUACAAUUUCAUUGUAAAAUAAAUGUUUUUGUAUGCUA